UCUCCACCGACGCACAGGACGGAGCUCGGAGGAGGCGGGGAGCUGCCGCCGGUGGACCGGGACCGGAGGACGGUGCUGAUGCUGCGAGACGGGAGCGCGCACGGGAGCCCGCUCGGACGGUGUCGGUAUCAGCGGGACUUUAACGGAGCUAUUCUGAGGAGGAGGCCGCGUCCCGGGAGAGGAGGAAGAGGAUUACCGGGAUGUAGGAACCGGAGCACCGACGGACGGUUCUUCAGUUGUCUGGUUUCCCACUGAGAUGUUCCAGUAGAACCAGUGGAACCAGUAGAACCAGUGGAACCAGUAGAACCAGUGGAACCAGUGAUCAGGUUGAUGCUGAUGAAACUGAUCUGUUCAGUGAGCUCCAACCAGAGCCAUGGGGAGUUCCCAGACUGCCGGAGCCAGAGGGAGUCUGGAGGGGAGGCGUCGCUGCUGGUGUCUCCUCUGGUGGUGGCCGGCAUCGUUAUAGGCCUCGUCCUCUUCCUGUCCUGCAUCACCAUCAUCGUCGGCAGCCUGAGGAAGGACAGCCGCCUCCGAAACCCUCAGCUCAGAGCCAGCUACGGACCAGACGGUUUUUCCUUCGGAGGUUCUGCAGGAGAACUGAGGUCCAGCUGCUUGGAGGACUUUCCUUCUGGCUUAGACUUUGACUCGUACAGAGAGACUCUGUCACAGAUCAACACCCUGUAUCCAGACUCACCUCCACGUUAUGACGAGUGUGUCGGUCCUGGUUCCACUCAGAUCUUCCUUCCUACCGAUGACCCGCCUCCUUACUCCCUAUUGGACCCCUGUCAUGAGGUGUCGGAGCAGGAGGCGGAGCUUCCUGUUAACUGCGGUCCAGACCCGCCCCUUCGCUGUGACCAGAGCUCAGUCGGUGCCACCUGGUUCUCCCCGACUCACCACCCUCCGGACCACAUCUCCUCCAUCUCCUUCCCGCUGGAGGCGGCGCCGCCAUACGAGGCGGUGCUGCAGGGACCGCCCCUCUCCCUGGGGCCAUGUGACCUUUAUAAACACCAAUCAGAGAGGAGGGACAACGGCCAGCAGCUGCCGGCCAAUCACAUCCUGUAGGACGUUAGCGAGCUUCCUCCAGCUGUGACCACACAGACGCUGAUGAACAAACCUUCCUCACAGCUUCUUACGGUUCACCACCGCUACUUCUGGACAGACUUCAGAGUGUCUGAGGAGGUCCGACCUCCAGAAACAAACUUCCUGCUUCCUGUCACCUGGUUCAGCCACAUUCUGACUGACACUGUUUACUGUGCUAGAACUGAUCUGAGGUCUGAAUUCAGUUGUUCAUCAUGGUAGAAAUCACAGAGUCUGAAGGAGAAUGAAGACCAUCAGAGAACUCAGAGAAACCAGGUUCACAUCUGUGGUAGAUGAUCUGUGGUUAGAAUAACUAAACUAACUGGAACCAUCCUGAGGCCUGAACUACAAAGUCCCUUCAACACAUCCAGAGUUUCUUUAUCUGACUUUACAACAACUAAACGAACCAACCAGAUGGACAGCUGACCAGGUGUCUGAACGAAGCUCAUUUAACAUAAAAAGAUGGUGAUGGUAUCUGGUGUAGAAACGCAUAUUUCCUGCUAAACCAAACAGUUGAGCUGCUUCCAUGCAGGUUUCUUCUUUCUUCUUCCUUUUAAUGAUCAUCAGAUGACUUUAAACUUUAACCUGCAUCAACACUGGCUGUUUUAUCUGGAAGGUUUUCAACAUAUCAAGCUAAAAUUGAACAGAUAUCUUCAGAAAUAUCAAUAUUUUCUGCUGUAGAAAUAUCAGUGAUCUUUAUGCUCCCAGCUGGUGGUUGGAAACAGAAAGAACUAAAAUAGAAACACAGUUCAAAACAAUGAGUAGAGUUCUAGUUUUAGCCUCUAACAGCCGUAUGAAGCCAUAUAGAACACUGGAAUAUCUUUAAACCUCUACAGCCACAGUGAAGGCGUUGUGCCGACAGUGAACACCUCUGUAGAUCUGGUUGGUCUGGACCAGAGCAACACUUCAGGUUUUACUUGUGUUUUAUUGGACUAGCUUUGCUAAUUCCACAGUCGCUAACCUUCUAUCCUGCUUCGUAGUUCAGGCCUCAUUCUGGGGAAGGAAUCGUCUGUUACCCAUGUUGCUUUGUUUGUUACGUCCUUUAAUAAGCGUGAUGGAGGACGUUGUUCAGUAUCUGCAGCCUGUGAUCACCAGACUGAUGGAAGUUCAGACGGUGGUGACUCUUCCUACUAAGGGCUCUGGUUUUCUCCCAGCAGCAUCAUGUAGCUCCGAGCCUGAAGAGGCCAAACCGAUGCAACAACAACAAGCACUAAACUGUAGAAAACUUUCUCACAUUGUUCACUCAAUCUUCUGCCUUCUUCUCUCUGAUUCGCUCACACUGAAAAAAUGAACUCCACAGAUGUUUAAUCCCUCAAAUAAAACAUAGAUUCUCCUGAAUGUCACCUGAUUAAAACUGCAUCUCUUUUGAAUAACUGCAGGUAGUAUUUAGAGUAUUUCUUCUUCUGAAUGAUGGAGAAACAAACACUUCCCAAAGUAGAAAAUGAUCCAAAGAUCUUCUGUUGGGUUCAGGUGAGGACUGUCCAGGUGGAGAAGCUCUGGUGUGAUGAUGUUCUCUGGAUGUUCUCCUGCUGGAAUGUUCCUCUUCUUCAUUUGGUCAGUCAGGAUUCUGGUUCAUCCUCAGACCUUCAUCUAGAAAUGUCAUCAACACCUUCUGACCUCAUGCAGCCCCACAUCAUCAAACUCCCACCUUCAUGCUUCACUGUGGUAGUCCUGGUCAGGUUCUCACUAAACAUAUGGACUCCAUCUGAGCCCAACUCAUUGAUCUUCAUCUGACCAAAGAAUGUUCUCCAGCAUCCAUCAGGCUUCUUCUCAUGUUCUUCAGCAAACUUUCAUCUGGAAGUUUAGUUGUGAGCAGCAGCCAGGUUUAGUUCUGGUCCUCCGUCCAUAGAGGUUGAUGUUCUGAAGGUUCCUUCACACUGUCUGAGCUUCACACUAACUCUGGUUUCCAUGGAGAACCCCCGAACCAAGUCUGAAGCAGCUGAUGUCUGUUUUUACAGCUGGAUGGAGAAAGUAGUUCACUGUCUGUGGGGUCAUUUUAGGAGCUCUGAUUAGUGGAACUAUGACUCCUUCUAGACCUCCUGAUUAGUGGAACUAUGACUCCUUCUAGACCUCCUGAUUAGUGGAACUAUGACUCCUUCUAGACCUCCUGAUUAGUGGUACUAUGACUCCUUCUAGACCUCUGAUUAGUGGUACUAUGACUCCUUCUAGACCUCUGAUUAGUGGUACUAUGACUCCUUCUAGACCUCUGAUUAGUGGUACUAUGACUCCUUCUAGACCUCUGAUUAGUGGAACUAUGACUCCUUCUAGACCUCUGAUUAGUGGUACUAUGACUCCUUCUAGACCUUCUCAUUAGUGGUACUAUGACUCCUUCUAGACCUUCUCAUUAGUGGUACUAUUACUCCUUCUAGACCUCCUGAUUAGUGCUACUAUGACUCCUUCUACUGUCGAGUCUCUCAGUCAGACUUUCUCUUCCUCUGUUCAGUUCUUCUCCAUGGUGAGCCAUGAUGCAGACAUAGAUAGACCCAGUCUAUAGGUCCAGUACUGAGAAGGUUCUGCUGUUCUAAGCUCAUCUUAGAACCAUGUUCAUCAGUUGGACUGGUUGGAAUCACAGCGGGACUCAGUCUGGUUCUUUGAGUUUCUACUUUGGAGCUGAACUUUAAAUAAAUAUAGAUUUUUCUACUGAGAAGCAUGCAGUUAUUCAGAAGCGGUGCAGUUUAAAACUGUUUGACAUUGUUCUAAUUCUGUACAGGGUUUGGGUUUUUCUCGCUUCUCUUGUUGACUCUAUUUUCUGGCCAUGAAGGACUUAAGAAGUAAUCUCAGUAAAAUCUUAAAGUUCAUUUUUUAUUACACUGGUUUUGGGUUCUUUUGGUGAGACAUAGAAUAAUUAGGUAGAUGUUGAUUAUUGGUUUUCGUCGGGAAUCUUUAAAUCUGCUAAAAGACUAAAGCAGAAACACGAUGUGAGCAAAAUAAUUCAACAGGAAGCUGGAAAACUUCCAGAAAAAUCUACAUUUAGAUGAGAUUUUAAUGUAGGUGGAGUCAGUUUUCUGAAUCUGAAGAAUGUUCAGUUUUUAUGACAACAUUUUUUUUAUGACAACAUGGCCACCAGUUCACAAACCAAAACCUGAAUGUCCAGUUUUCUGUAACCACAAACCAGGAGGUUAAUGCUAACUAGAAUAGCUUAAAGUAUAGAAACACCAGGAGCUGGUUCAUCCUGGAGACACUGAAUCCUGUAGAACAUCACUAACUAACCAACCAGCCAGGUUUCUGAAGCAGCCCAGCUUCACUAACACCUGAAGUCUUAGAAUCAGGUUGUGUUUGUGUUCCUUCAUCUAGAAACUAGUCGCUGUGAGACGUAGUUUAUGUAGAAGAUGUGUCUGAUCUUUAAAAUCCUAAAGAGAAUUUAAAAGAGAAUUUACUGAUUUUCUGAGUCCUGGAAACCUGCUGGAUGCAUUCAAAACCUGUUUCCUUAAAAAUAAUUACCAAAAUGACACAAGAAACAGAAAAAAUAGAAAGAAAACACGAAAAUCUAUCAGAAAAAAAUUAAAAAUCUGAGCUGAAAACUGCAACAUUUCAUUAGAAUCAUUUUGUUCUACCCGUCUAAACACAAAAGAAGUUGUUUCCUCAAAGUAGAUGCUGUUAAAAACUCUUCUGUGCCGUCGGACACGGCCUGACACACAUCUUGAUUAUCACCGUUUUAAACUACACUGCCUGUAGUUCAGCCCUGAAACGCUCCAAAUUUUUGUCAUCUGACUGUUGGUCUCAGCUGAGUCACUCUCAGUCGUACAGAGGAGCUCAGAAUUUUUAAUUUUUUUAUCGACUUUUGUAAGGACCAUCAGAAAAAUGAAUUAACAGGAAAUGAUGUAAAAAUUAACAGGAAGUGAUGAACCAAAAAAUGUUUGUCCUUUACGUUGUACGGUAAAGGACAAACAUUUUUUCUUUCAUCAAUUCCUGUUAAUUUGCAUUUUUUUGUUUUGUAAAAUUAAUUAGUUAUUAAUUAAUUAAUUAUAUAUUUAUUAAUUUACUUUAUUGAUGAAAAUCCAUCAUUUCCUUCUGUUUUUUAACAUUUCUGGUUUAUGAGUUGUGUCUUUUCGUGGUAUUUUUUUUUUUUUUUAAACACAGCAGGUCAGACGGUGAAAUAACCUUCAGCUGUGUCCUAACACCCCAUAAUGUUGAGGUUUAUCAUAAAAAAUAUGAAUUCAUACAGUUUCCUGUUGAUCCAAUUCUUGACUUCCCGUAGUUUGUUUCAUGACUUCCUGGAAUUAGUUUACUGGCUUCCUUUGGUUUCUUCCUCACUUUCUGUAGUUUGUUUCCUGACUUCCUGUAGUUUUGUUCUGACUUCCUGUAGUUUGUUCCUGACUUCCUGUAGUUUGUUUCGUGACUUCCUGUAGUUUGUUUCCUGACUUCCUGUAGUUUGUUCCUGACUUCCUGUAAUUUGUUUCCUGACAUCCUGUUGUUUUUCCUGACUUCCUGUCGUUUGUUUUCUGACUUCCUGUAGUUUGUUUUCUGAUUUCCUGUAGUUUGUUCCUGACUUUCUGUAGUUUGUUUCCUGACUUCCUGUAGUUUGUUCCUGACUUCCUGUAGUUUGUUUUCUGACUUCCUGUAGUUUGUUUUCUGACUUCCUGUAGUUUGUUUCCUGACUUUCUGUAGUUUGUUUCCUGACUUCCUGUAGUUUGUUCCUGACUUCCUGUCGUUUGUUUUCUGACUUCCUGUAGUUUGUUUUCUGACUUCCUGUAGUUUGUUUCCUGACUUCCUGUUUUUUCUGACUUCCUGUAGUUUGUUUCCUGAUUUCCUCUAGUUUUUUCCUGAUUUCCUGUUGUUUGUUCGUGACUUCCUGUAGUUUGUUUCCUGACUUCCUGUAGUUUGUUCCUGACUUCCUGUAGUUUCCUGACUUCCUGUAGUUUGUUCCUGACUUCCUGUAGUUUGUUCCUGACUUUCUGUAGUUUGUUUCCUGACUUUCUGUAGUUUGUUUCCUGACUUCCUGUAGUUUGUUCCUGACUUCCUGUAGUUUGUUACCGACUUUCUGUAGUUUGUUCUGUCGCUAACAGUCUGUAUUUGUCUUUUUCCUGUAUUUGGGGUUUUGUUAGAGAGAAUAAAUCUCAGCUCUUGCUGAA